CACUGAGAAUAGUCGAGUUUGCUGUCCUAUCAACAGUUCUUGUUUCAAUUGCAGAGAAAGAGAGUUUUGGGGCAUUAGUACAGCUGAAAGAUGCCUGUCUUCAUGUUAAAAUAUGUAACUAUGUGUCGCCAUCUGAAAUACAUCUUCAACUUGUCCAGACAGAUAAGACUGCUUGUCAAGAGCUAAUGAAGAAAAUGCAGAUGACUUAUUGGAACACUAAACCUGAUAAUAUGGUCAAGUGGGAAGUGGGUUGGUUUUGUGCUGCCUUUCUCAUGUCUAAAAACAUUUGGUACCGUGGUAAAAUCACAAAUGCAACUCCAAAGAAACAAAGCUUUCAGGUGUUUCUGAUAGACUAUGGAAGUACACACAUGAUUUCUGAGCAUAAUUUACGAAGAGUUCACAAGCAGUUUCAGACCAUUCCUUGCUUGUCUUUCUGCUGUAAACUGUCUGACUUGAGGCCAGGAAACAGUAAUUCUGACCCGAGGCUAGGAAACAGUAAUUCUGACCCAAGGCAAGGAAACAGUAGUUCUGACCCAAGGCUAGGAAACAGAAAUUCUGACCCAAGGCUAGGAAACAGUCAUUCUGACCCAAGGCUAGGAAACAGUAAUUCUGACCCAAGGCUAGGAAACAGUCAUUCUGACCCAAGGCUAGGAAACAGUCAUUCUGACCCAAGGCUAGGAAACAGUCAUUCUGACCCAAGGCAGGGAAACAGUAAUUCUGACCCAAGGCUAGGAAACAGUAAUUCUGACCCAAGGCUAGGAAACAGUAAUUCUGAUCCGAAGCUAGGAAACAGUAAUUCUGACCCAAGGCUAGGAAACAGUAAUUCUGACCCAAGGCGAGGAAACAGUUGUACUGACCCGAGGCUAGGAAACAGUAAUUCUGACCCAAGGCUAGGAAACAGUUGUUCUGACUCGAGACUAGGAAACAGUAAUUCUGACCGGAGGCUAGGAAACAGUUAUUCUGACCCGAGGCUAGAAAACAGUCAUCCUGACCCGAGGCCAAGAAAGAGUAAUUCUUACCUGAUGCCACAAAACAGUCUUAUAGAGUGGCCAUCAUCAACUAUCAUGAUAGUUAGAAAUACUAUACAGAAGAGGAAUAUAUUUCUAGAGAAGAAGGUAAUGUCUUGUUAG